UUUUUACUGACACCUUGACCAUCGCUUGACAGAAUAAGACAUCAGAUGAUUGAGACAGCAUGGUGAAUCUUUAAAUAUAUGAAAAGUUAGAAGAAGAAUACCAACGACGUUUGAACAACACAGACAAGAUGAGUGGAAUAUUUCCGACUGUUGGUCCUGCUAGUGAUUUGGAUGUGUGUAACACUCGCAUCAACAACAACCAAACAGAAACGUUGGUUAUGUUUCCAAAGUAUGCUGGAAUACCGUUUAAUUUGGUUGUGAAUGUAGUUGUAUUUCUGAUUCUAUUGAUAUUGUUUACUAUCCUCCGGAGAUUGGCCUGGGAUUAUGGCAGAUUAGCGCUGGUCAGUCGUGCUGAAGAGAAUGCUCCUGUAACUGGGUCCGAGAAUCAGUAUAAUGUGUGGACAUCUUUAUUUUAUGGAGAUAAUGAUAAAAGAAACCUUCAUGGAUCUCAAGAAUCCUUUGACACGUCAUUACAUAAACAAGAUAAGAACUUGUUGUCAUGGAUACCAGCAUUUUACCGAGUAAGGGAUUCUGAUAUUCUACAUAAAUGUGGUCGUGAUGCUAUACAGUAUUUAUCAUUCCAGAGAUAUUUAAUUAUAUACGUAGCUAUUAUAUGUGUUCUAUCUAUCUGUGUUAUACUACCAGUCAAUUUCCAAGGAGAUGUCUUGGGAAACGCUACAGAGUUCAGUCAUACAACUAUUGGCAAUGUACCAACCAAUUCACCUCUACAAUGGGUACAUGCCGUGUUUUCCGUUAUUUACCUGUUAAUUGUCGUUUUUAUUGUUCGUCAUUUUCACGUUAAUUUAGAGUUUGAAGAGGAUGAACAAGUAUCAAGAACAUUAUUCAUCUCUAAUAUACCUAAAAAUAGAUGCUUCCAGAACCAACUUAAAGAACACUUCCAUGAAGCUUACCCUGAAGUAUCUGUUGAUGAUAUACAAUUUGCCUAUAAUAUAACUAAACUUGUUCAGUUGGACAAAAAAAGAGAAAGAGCAGCAGAGGCUAAACUUCAUUCUACUAAUGAACUAUCAACAAGUGGUACUAGACCGUUAAUGAGACCCUACCCAUGUGGUCAUCUAUGUGGUUGUGAUUGCUGUGGUUGUAAACAGGUUGAUGCUAUGGAUUAUUAUACAGAGAAAGAAGAAAGAUUAACUAAACAAUGUGAAAAAGAGAAAGUAAAUGCCUAUCAAGAUCCUAUUGGCAUUGCUUUCGUCACUUUUCAGUCAGAAGGGAUGGCCGAAAAGGUUCGAACUGACUUCCAAAGUAAUGUUCAGCGCUAUAGAAAAUUAUUGUUGUUUUAUUUUCAGGGUUCGAACUGA